GCUGCGCGGGGUUGGAUGGUGGAUGGUGCAUGCCUGAUUGAGCCUAGUUCCGGAUGAUGACGGGCUGAUCAGAAGCACUUUAUGUCACCUUCUGGCCUGCAGCUGCCGCCAACAGUUUCCUUUUCCACCACUACUCCCUGCGAGAGGUUGCAAAAGAACCCUGCUGUGGCGUACAUAUUCAAUAUCCUCCCCCCAAAUUGUCCGGUCAUGCGCAGUCCCAGUCCCUGCCUCGGUUUGUUCUGAAUGAAAGUAGCUGAUAAGAACCCCUGUUCCCUGGUGAUGAGGGUCAAGUUUCCGGAUGUGACGCUUGCUCCAAUUCUCUCGACUUUAUACCCAUCACCAUGGCGAAUAUCAAGCUUGGCUUAGCACUCGCGGGCAGCUUAGCGACUGCACUUGUCGUGCUGCAACUGUUCCUGCUGAUUAGUGACUCCAACGUCAAUCAGCCGGUCAGGGUUCAGUCCCGACUCCAGUGGAAACAAAGGGCACCCACAGUAUCUUCGGCGACUUCGGCAUCCUCUGCCGCGGAGAAUGGGACCUUUCUACUUGGCGCAGGAAAAGCGGAUAUCACGGGGCCUGUGGCGGAAGUCAUCUUCAACGGCUAUGCUAGCUUGGAUCAGGUCGGCACGGGCCUUCGACAAAGGAUUUACUCCCGCGCGUUUAUUAUCGCGAACCCGCAGAACACAAGUGACACCUUCAUCUACCUUGUACUAGAUGCCUUGACGGGCGACACUGCCGUGCGGCACGGUGUGCUUGAAGGCCUUGCGGCCCUAGGUGGAGAGUAUACCAGAUAUGGAGAGCAGAAUCUGGCUCUCACCGGUACUCACUCCCACUCGGGCCCCGGCGCGUGGAUGAAUUACCUUCUUCCUCAAAUUCCAACCUUGGGCUUCGAUAAGCAGAGUUAUCAAGCACUAGUAGACGGGGUUCUACUCUCUAUUCAGCGGGCCCAUGAAAACCUAGAGCCUGGGUCUCUCAGCUUCGGGUCUAUUGAUCUCGAAGGGGCAAACAUUAACAGGAGCCCCUAUGCCUAUGAUGCCAACCCUGCAGAGGAGAAGGCCAAAUACACUUCAAACGUCGACAAAACGUUGACACUUCUGAGAUUCGAUAGAGCGUCUGACAGCAAGACAACGGCAGUGUUGUCUUUCUUUCCGGUUCAUGGAACUUCCAUGUAUGAAAACAACACAUUGGUCACCGGAGACAACAAGGGCGUGGCUGCGUGGCUGUUUGAAAGGAGUGUUCAGGGUGAUGAUAGCUUUGCGGAUGGGUUCAUCGCUGGUUUCUCUCAGUCUAACGUUGGUGAUACCAGCCCAAAUGUCCUCGGAGCAUGGUGUGAGGACGGCUCCGGAGAGCAAUGCAAGUACUCAGACAGCACUUGUGGGGGGAAACCCGUGGACUGCCAUGGUCGCGGGCCCUACUUCACAGAAAAAGACAACGGUGCGAAAAGCUGCUUUGAGAUUGGGCGGCGUCAGUAUGAGGCUGCGAAAACCUUAUACAGCCAGCUGGAUACUAGCCCAACGAAAAUUGUGCCUAGCGAGGUCCGCUCAUUUCAUGUCUACCGCGACAUGUCGAACUAUACUUUCCAGUCUCCUUUCAACUCGAGCACUUUGACUACCUGCUCAGCAGCGCUCGGGUUCUCAUUUGCCGCCGGCACUACCGAUGGGCCGGGCUAUUUUGAUUUCACUCAGAAUGGUACUGGACCCGCAGAGUCCAAUCCUUUGUGGUAUGUCGCCCGCGCAUUCGUUCACCAGCCGUCAGCGGCGCAGCAGGCAUGCCAGGCGCCCAAGGACAUCCUACUUGACGUCGGUGCUGUGACACAGCCGUAUGCCUGGACGCCCAACAUUGUGGACAUCCAAGUCCUCCGGGUGGGCCAAUUGUUCAUCAUAAUUUCGACAAGUGAGGCGACUACAAUGUCUGGUAGGCGAUGGAAGGAAGCCAUUGCGACAUCUGCAAAGGAUGUGCUUUCAAUUGAGGACCCUCUGGUUGUCCUGGGAGCUCCGUCCAACAGCUAUGCGCACUACGUCGCUACAGAGGAGGAAUAUGGAGUUCAACGCUACGAGGGGGCUUCUACUCUCUAUGGGCCCAACACGCUGGCUGCAUAUGUGAAUUUGACCCUGACGUAUCUGCCAUAUCUCGGUGACUCAUCUAACACAGCCGGUCUUCCCACACUAUACACCGGCCUGGAGCCGCCGAUCAAUACGGACACGUCCUUGAGCUUUAUCACAGGCGUGAUAUACGACGGGUCUCCCGUGGGUAAAGCUUUUGGGGAUGUGGUCUCGUCGUCAGGCAACGCCACAUACUACCCCGGGGACACAGUGAAUGUGACAUUUGUGGGCGCAAAUCCGCGGAACAAUCUGCGCCUGGAAUCGACAUUUGCCGCCGUGGAGAGACUUGACUCAAGCACGGGCUCUUGGGUGGUGGUGCGCAAAGACUCAGACUGGAACCUUGUCUAUAAUUGGGUCAGGACGAGUACCGUGCUGGGCUAUAGUCAAGUGACUCUUCAAUGGGAGAUCGAGGACGACUAUUACAAUACUGGCAAUCCCACUGCACUCCAGGCUGGGACUUACCGGUUUCACUAUUAUGGAGACUCGAAGUCGGUGACCGGUACGAUUACUGCUUUUGAAGGGAUCAGUGACUCUUUCAUUGUUGCGUUGAAUUGAGGACACUUGCCAGGUCCCCGGAGAAUGAGUUGGGCGCGAUGAUGAGCUAUGUUGAGCGACGUAUGGGAGUAGAGUAUGAGUCAGAUAUCAUAUUUAGGUUUCAAGUUGAAGAGGGGUCAUAUGUUGCUGGCCAUAGGAUUUGGCUUUCUGGUCUCUUUCGUUGUAGUGUCUUACCAUAGUAACGCGUGUGGCUGUCCAGAGCCCAUCAUGAUGUUUACGGUCAAUGUCGAGCUCCGGUGGCUGUGUUGUUGCUUCACUUCCAUUUCUCACAGCGAAAUGAUCGACGAGAUCCUGUCAAUUGCAAAGAUGUCGGAUUGCCAAUCAAGCUGAGGGAAUGGCGCAACACUGCAUGAUGUAUGGAGUCUUUUUUUUUUUUUUUUUUGUCGCGCGGCAACUCGCGUUCCUCCAG